CAUACCGUUAAAAUUUAUAAAAUGAGGGAACAGUACUACUGAAGUAAAAUUAGAGCAUAAAAUACCAUAUAAGUGAAUCAAAUGUUCAUAAUUCUACUUUUCCGUCCAGUUCAGAAACUAAAAAGCCAACUCAGCGUUGCCCGGCCUGGAAAAAUCCCCCAGUUCGCUGACGCCAACCCUUUCACUCCGGCCGGCAUUGAAGAGGCAAUCAAAUGAGUUCGUCUAGAAGUCUGUAUAUAUGUUUCUGUUGAGUGCAAAAAGUGAAGUGAUCAAGGCUUGUUUUAAGACUUAAUAUCAUAUUGAAAAUCCAGUUUUCAAUCUUUCCCUCGUCUCCAACGGUCGAAUACGUGGACGACGACGUUUUUCCCUUCAUCGCUGGACUCCACCGCUGCGGCAUCGUUUCGGCUUGUUCACUGUGCAGCUGACUUAUUUCCGAGACUAAAGCGCGGUCGUUUUUAUCUUCCCCUUUAUGUCUGUACUUUCUUUUCCGGCAAGUUUUGUCUUGUUUCCCUUCCAAGCUUCCAAACAAGCUGUAAUGGAGCUUGUCUUUCUUCACUUCUGUAUCGCCUAUAUAAGGCAGACAAAGCAAUGAGAAAGGACAGGAUUGUAGGGUUUUCAGUUCACAAACACUUCUUUGUUAUGGUAUCGGAGCCUGGGAUAAAACCCUAGACGCCGCUACUCUUCUACAAUGGCUGAAAAUCAGGCUCAAAUCGAUCCUGAGCAACAGCCUCCACUUCCACAACCAAUUGAUCCUUUGUCUGAUCCUUUCUUCCUCCAUGGCUCAGAGCAGCCUGGUUGUCUUCUUGUGGCUGAAAAAUUCACAGCCACCAACUACAAUGAUUGGAGCAGGGCUAUGUUCAAUGCCCUUGCUGCAAAAAACAAACUUGGGUUCAUCAAUGGAACCAUUCUUGAGCCUGCUAUCACAGAUCCUAGACAUGGGGCAUGGGUUAGAAACAAUGUUAUGAUUUUGAGCUGGAUCCAACAAUCUUCUUCUGCAGAAAUCAGGAAUACCAUUCUUUCAAGCAAGAUAGCUUUGGAGGCAUGGAAAAGUCUCCAAACUCGUUAUGGUUCUGGAGAUCUUAUUCGUAUUGCAGAACUUGAAGAAGCUCUGGCCUCUCUUCAGCAAGGUAAUCAAACCAUCACUGACUAUUAUGGUCGUUUUAUUACUCUCAAAGAUGAGCUGGAAAACUAUCAGCCCCUGUUACCUUGCUCUUGUACUCCAACUAGUCAUCUUGACUGUGCUGCCAUGACAAAAGUGUUCGAAUACCAAGAAACAAGUUAUGUAAUCAAGUUUUUGAGGGGCUUGAAUGAAAAUUUCUCUGGAGUAAGAGCUCAGGUCUUGUUUGGAGAUGAACUACCUAAUAUCAAUAGGGUUUUUCAACGCAUGCUUCAGCAUGAAAGACAGAUCUCCUUGCAAUAUGAUGUCUCUGCACUUGCCAUACAAGGAGCAAAUCGUCGAGGUUUCUCUAAACCCCCUUACUGCACCUUCUGUAAGAGGGAAGGCCAUACAGAGGACAUUUGCUUCCAAAAGCAUGGUUGGCCUCCAGGAAUGUCAAGGCCUUCUUCCUCUCCUACUGCUCCUCCAACAAUAUGCAAUUACUGUAAACGAAGGGGUCAUACAGAGGAUAAAUGUUUCCAGAAGAAUGGCUACCCUGCAAACUUUGUUCCAAGAAAUCAAAGUUAUGCCUUCCCAAGACCAAGACCUGCAGCUCAUUCUGUUCAAACUACUUCAGCCCCUGAUGAUGUUAAGCUAUCCAGAUCAGAGUAUGACAAACUUAUGGCUUUAGUCCAGUCUCAGAAGGUUUCUUCCUACCUUUUCUGGUGCUGCCUAUAUACAACCAUCAGGUACCAGUUCUGCAUUUUCUUCACUAAAACCUGUCAAGGAUGAUUCUCCUUGUUCCCAACCCCGUUGGAUUGUUGAUACAGGGGGCUUCAGAUCACAUUGUUUGUUCACUACAUUACCUUACAGACCCUACUUCUUUGACCAAUGUUUUCAUUACACUUCCAACUGGCCAGAAAGUUCAAGCAACUCAUUCUGGCACAGUUACUUGUCAUGAUGAACUUGUUUUACACAAUGCCCUGUUUGUCCCUCACUUCACCUUCAAUCUCAUCUCUGUAAGUAGACUAACCUCCACCAAUUCUCUCUGUUUAACCUUUCAUUCAACCAUUUGUCUUAUACAGGUUCUGAAGCAGACGAGAAUGAUUGGUUCUGCUAGACUCUACCAUGGCCUCUACUACCUAGAAGACUCCCUAAUCCCAAAAUUUGCAUCAGCUGCUUCAGCUUCCCCUUUUGAUCUUUGGCAUUUUAGACUAGGACAUGUCUCCCACUCUAAAAUUCCUCUCAUCAAACAAUUUUGUACAUCCAUUGAAACUCAAAAGCACUUACCUUGUGAUGUCUGUCAUUUUGCUAAGCAGAAAAGACUGCCUUUUUCCUUCCAGUCAUUCUGUAACUGAAUCUCCUUUCCAACUUCUCCAUGUUGACAUUUGGGGUCCCAACCCUGUUCCAACUUAUGAUGGCUUUAAGUAUUUCCUCACUGUGGUAGAUGAUUGUUCUAGGAUGACUUGGAUCAUUCUACUUCAAUUAAAGUCAGAAGCCAGACCAAAACUUAUAUCAUUCUGUACUCAAAUGGAGAGACAGUACAACACAUCAAUUAAAACAAUCAGGAGUGAUCAAGGGAAAGAAUUCCAUAUGCAAGAGUUUUUCAAUUCCACAGGCAUCACUCAUGAAAUGUCAUGUGUGGAAACUCCAUAACAAAACAGUAAGGUUGAGAGAAAACAUCAGCAUAUCCUAGCAGUUGCUAGAGCUCCUCAAUUUCAAGCAAACCUACCUCCUUCCUUCUCGGGUGAUUGUGUGAAACAUGCAGUCUUCCUCAUCAAUAGAGUUCCCUCUCCUAUCAUUUCUAACCAAACACCCUUCUACAUACUUAAUCAAAAACCCCCUGACCUUUCUGAGCUAAGAGUAUUUGGCUGCCUUUGCUAUGCCAGUACUCUUGCCAACCACAGAACUAAAUUCCAACCUCGUGCUAGAAAAGCAGUUUUCAUUGGUUUUACUCCUGGAAUCAAAGGUUACAAACUCUAUGACCUCUCUUCCCAUGAGACUUUUGUCUCUAGAGAUGUCAUCUUCUAUGAAUCUCAUUUUCCUUACCAAUCAAACUUACCAGAUGCCCCUAACCAGUCUCCUAGUGACCUUUUCUAUCCUCUUCCUUCUUCAACCUCUCCUCUACUUCAUGAAGAUCCCUCUCCUGUUCCCACUGAUGUGCCACCACCUUCACCAGCACCAUCUCCACACUCUCCUGCCUCCUCCCCACCAUCUAGUCCUUCCUCAUCUACUCAUUCCUCACCAUCUCCUUCUCCUCCACCAUCACCCCCUUCCCCACCAUCACCCCCCUCCUGUUAGAAAAUCAGGAAGAAUCCCAAAAGACCAUCUCAUCUAGUCCAAAACUAUCACUGUUUUCUUUCACAGGGUCCUAGCAGCAUCAAUCAUUCAACUCUGCAACAGGUUCAAAACAAAAGGUACUCUUUUUC